UAAAUGCAUUGAAACCGAGUACAUUUCUUCACGUCUGUCUUUGAGCAUAAAGUCAACAGGGAUUGUAGCGUUGACCACUUCUAGGACUUUUGUCCCUUUUCGCUUGCCUUAGUCACGCACCGGCGGAAAAGUUUUUGGAUGAUGAGCAACCUGCGGAGGGAAAAUUAUCACUUUUAAGUGAGGGGUAAGGCAAGCAUGGACUUGACCUGUGAUGGUCUGCCGGCUCUAAUUACUUCCUGUGGAAACUGGAGAUGAGGCGAACACAGUGUAAAAGGUGGACGGCAGUCUGCGUCUCCUGGGCUUAAGCACAAGCAGAUGUCAGUGGGGAAGACAUGAAGCAUCAAUCAGCAGGGACCAUCGCUGCUACAUCUCACAGGGAUAUUCCUGUUAUACGCCUCCAAACGGAUGCAGAACUCAGGGAAAUGUAUGAAUUUGGGAAGACAUUGGGUCAAGGAAGUUUUGGAACCGUUUAUGAAGCGACUCAUGUCAAGACACAAACAAAAUGGGCCAUAAAGGAGGUUCGCAAACCAGCGGCAGGAAGUUCAAAGUUUAGGAUGCUGGAUAAUGAAAUAAACAUCCUCAAGCAAGUAAACCAUCCUCACAUAAUACAUCUUGAGGCGACCUACAACACACCUACAAAGAUUUGUCUGGUCACUGAGCUCUGCAGAGGAGGCAACCUGAAGCAGCUGCUUCAGCAAAAGAAGUUCUUUACAGAGGAUGAGACGAGACAAAUCAUAUGUUGUUUAGCUGAUGCAGUUGUCUACCUUCAUAAAAGAGAUAUAGUGCACCGGGACCUGAAACUUGAAAACAUUCUUGUGAAGAAUUCUCUUAAUGAGGACGAUGGCAGGUUUGACAUUAAGGUUGCAGACUUCGGACUGUCAGUGAAGGAAGACGGUGUUGGGAUUAGGAACAUAUUGACGGAGGCCUGUGGGACUCUCCUCUAUAUGGCACCUGAAAUGAUGAGUGGUCGUGGUUAUAGCCAUUGGUGUGAUGUUUGGAGCAUUGGAGUCAUUAUGUUUAUGCUGCUUUGUGGAGAGCCUCCAUUUGUUUCCGAGACAAAGGAGAAACUGCUCAAGACAAUCAUGUGCAAGGAAGUCAGAUUUACUCAACCCAUUUGGGCCACAGUUAGUGAUGGAGGAAAAUAUCUUCUGUCUUGCCUUCUGAAGGCUGACCCUGCCUACCGCAUGUCUGCUCAUCAACUGUUAGAGAAUCCCUGGAUGACAGGUGAUACAACUGUCCCUCUGGGCCCGAGCAAUGUGCUGGAGAUGAUGCGUCAUUAUAUGGUGAUUAAAGAAGCAGGAACAGAGACUGAGAAUGCCUCUCCGUACACAUCUUCAAAGGACAUGCUGGAGCCACGCCUGGCUUUUAUUGACCUGUCUUCAGAGAGAGAUGGCAGUUGUGAGAAAAAUGCUGAGAUCCGCCCUGAACACAGCCCCUGUAGACCUUCCACAUCUACCAAACUGUCUUUUAGUGGUGAAAAAUGGUCCACGCAGCUGAGUGCAACUCCACACCAAUCUGAGGACAAGAAGGAUUUCAGCACAGGUCAGAACCCUACCUGUGACUCAACGAAGGCAGACGAGAAGGGACAUUCGUCCAGCAGUAAAGCAGAAAUGCCUCUGCAACCCAGCAGAGUGAAAAAGAACAAAAAAACAACAAAAAAACAAACCAACAAGAAAAAAAGAGUCAACUCACAUGAAAAAAUGUAAGAGGGAAUAGUAGUAGUUUGGUAUUUUUACUAUUUAUGCAGCUCUAUUUUUUAUUUUUGUUUUUAGCAGAUAUGAAUGUAAGCACUAUCAGUGGUGCAACCUUUAUUAUGCUGUCUAGAGAUAAAGCAGUAGCUGCAGUGUCAAAAGAAUGGGCCUCAUAUGCAAUGUGAAAAUAGUUCAAUAUGUCCAAACCCACUGCACUUAGGGGUUCAGCCUGAGCAGUGCUGCCUUAUGCCAAAUAAGAAGGCCUUACUCUGAACUGUUUAUCCAGCUAGACAAAAGCAAGAUUUUGCACAGCUAGGGGUGUAAGAUCCCCUAUCAGCUAAAAUGUAUUUUAUAGAGGUUAAACUGGGAAAAGGAAUAUCAGUGUCUUCUGAUACCAUUAACUUACAGAAACAAAACAGAUUCAAUGAAAAAAGUCAUCUGGGAAACGUUUUUACAUUUAUUCUUAUCUAGUUUCACUACUACAUGCACACAAAGGAACAUAAAAGAUGAAAUGUGCCAAACCUGAAACAGAUGUGACACUAGGCUAAAUGUACUGUGUGGUAAAGUGAUUUUACAUAUGUGCACACAAACACAGCCAGAGCGUGAUUUGUGUUUUAAUAAUUACAUAUUUAACUGUGCAGAGGCUAAAACAGAUUACAAAUGAUUGAUUUGGUUAUAAUUUCAGAACACACAGGGAUUUUUCUCCCUUUGUGCUCUGACCUCUCAAUCCCAAAGCGUUGCAUAUGCAGUGACUGCACCCACUCAGUGUCAAAACAGAGAAACUGUCACACAGGCUGGUUACGCUCCAUCUAAAUGCAGAGGAUUGGGACUGAGGGCAGCCAUGGGUCUAAUCUCGUUUGGAGGCCACUGAAAGCAGCAGCAGCUACUUUGAGGGCACUGCCAUUCAAGCACAGUUUUUUCCCCCCCGCUGUAGGGAGAAUAAUCCCAUGCACAGAUACAACAUUAACGUAUCCAAGCAUAACACACAGAGGGUGAAUUUCAAAUCCACCCAUUUGCAUCUUGAAGUGAAUGAGUGCCAACAAUGGGGCCCCAUGUUCCUCCACAGGCUUGUGGGAAUGUAACCUGCUCAUUUUUACAUUUAUGUUUUUAGGACACAAGCGAUUGUUGAUAAAAGCUGCUUGCCAAAAAAAAGACUGCUCUGCUACUGCAGCAUUACUGACACACUGAAUGUCUCUGGUUUUCUCAGAUUGUUAAAAAAACAGCAGAUGGAGCUGUAGUUAGCUGCUGAAUUCAUUAAUUUGAGCUGUACCUAAAGCUACCUAAUUUUCAGCAUGAGGAUGUGUAAUUAGAAUUGAGUGCUUGAGCCACUGCCCAUUAAAAAAUGUUAUUUCCAUGUAAUCUGUCUCUAAUUAAUAUGUUGUAUGCUUACAACUCGACGGUCGAAGGCGUUGAAAUAAAAUUGUUGAGACAUGG